UUCCUAUUUUCUUGUUAACGAAACCUGAAAUAUGUGUUUUUCUGAAAAGGCUCCUGAUUUUUCCUUGAUGUUUCAUAUGUAUGUGUGUUUCCUCUGACUCAUUCUCUGAUAGGCUGUCAGUAAUUGGUUCAUUGGCCCCACACACUGCAGGGCAGGCCCUCCUUUCAGUGUGACACAUGAAGAACAGAAAGGAAAACACAGACACACAGUUGACAGCUCGCACACGGACACCCAAGGAUGACCCUCUCUUGCAUAUGCAGUUACUUGUUCAUGUGGAUGGCAGCGGUCAUUCUGCCCUCCUUCCAAGCUACUUCGAAUGUUUUAUACCCCAAAAUCAAUGGCACGGAAAGUCUGUCCUGUGAAUGUCCAGAUCAUGCCUGCCAGGAGGUGUUUUGGUACCGUUACCUUGAGAGUAGAAACGCUCUUGAGUUUCUCAUGUAUGUCAACAGCGCUGGCAGAGAGCAACAUGGAGAGAACUUCGAAGUCUCUCGGUUCAAGGGCAGCGUGUCCUCGGGACAGAAGGUGGUGGUCUACAGCCUGCGCCUCCUGGGACUACAGGAACAAGAUGCCGGCUUCUAUUCCUGCAUGUUUAAAACUAAAUAUAUUGUUCCUGUUGGAUAUUACAUAAAGCCUGGAGUGAAUCCUCCAACAGUUCAGCCACCAACAGUCAAGACCCAGAAGCCUGUGAAGAGGAAUUGUAAUUGCAAAACCCCAAGCUACUCACCUAAAGGCUGUGAACAUUCAGUGCUUUGGCCGGGAAUUGGUUCUCUUUUGCUUUUGGCCAUUACGCUUGCAGGCACACUUUACUACUUCAGUCGUCUACCUAAGAAGUGCAGACAUCGAUUCACCAAGACAAAUCCGUCACGAUGAGGUGGACAACAGACUUUUCAUCUCCACAGUUUGAUAAAACACAUCACAUACCUACACUUUAUAAUAAGGUUCCAUUCGUUAAUAUUAGUUAACUACGUUAAUUAACAUGACCUGAAAAUGAAAUUCACUUCUGAAGCUUUUAUUAAGAUUAGUUAAUUUCAAUUUUUACUUAUACAUAUACUUAUACACUUAUACACAACUCAAAAGUUGUCUUUGUUAAUAUUAUUUCAUGGACCUCAGCUGACAUGAACUAACAAUGAACAGUUUCUUUUUAUUAACCUACGUUAACAAAAAUGAAUGAAUACCAUAAUAAAUGUCUUGCUCAUGUUAGCUAAUGCAUUAACUAAUGUUAACUAAUGAGACAUUAUUGAAAAGUGUUACCAAAAUGUCUUUUUCUUAUAUAUUCCUGACUUACAUGUUCUCUUAUUUUUUGUUCAUUUUUCAAGUGGUGGUUUUUUUUCUCUCCAAAGCAAUUUUUUUUUUCACAAUGGACCUGUUGAAGUCUAUAAAACUAGUGUUUGUGAACAAAAAUAAAUGAAAAUUCUGUCAUCAUUUACUUACCCAUAAGUUGUUCCAAACCUGUAAAAAUCUAUUUGAUCUGCUGAAGACAAAAGAAGAUAUUUUCAAGAAUAUGAGUAACAAAACAGUUGUGGGGCACCAUUGACUUCCAUAGUAUGAAAAAGAAUUCUAUGGAAGUUAUUUGUGCCCCACAAAUAUUUGGUUACAAGCAUUCUUCAAAAUAUCUUCCUUUGUGUUCAGCAGAAGAAAGAAAUUUGUAAAGGUUUGGAACAACUUGAGGGUGAACAAAUGAUGACAGAAUUUUCAUUUUUGGGUGAACUAUCCCUUUAAAUUUACUUACUAGUCUCAUUGGACGUUAGUCAACCAACAGUCCACUUUAUGAAUUCGAUUUAUUGUCUGACUAGAGCUGAACGUACCACCAGGAUUACUACAAAACUGAACUCACACUCAAUCUGGACUAACCCACGUUUUUUAUCAAGCCUGGUGUUUUGUUCUUGACAGCACAGCAUGUUUAAAUUGCAUUUGAAUGUACAGUUUUCUCAUUUUUUAAAUGCUUUAAAUGUUAUGCUCUUUAAAUAGUUUGUAUAAAUCUUUGUUAAAUUAAAUCUCAUGUUUUCUCUCGAAUCAGUGUAUUAUU